CAUCUCAACUUAUCUGUACCUUUUAAUAAUAUUUAUACAACUUAUAUUCCGUUGCACUGAUGUGUAAAUUUGUUUGAACCAUAAAUGGACAUAACCGUCAACGUUCCUCCUGAUUCAACUAACGAUAAACUCGAAAAUGUGAUUUCCAAAACCCUUGAGAAAACGUGCACUGACUCCCAUAAUAAUAAUAAUUCACUUCCAACGUCAUCCACUACUUUUAAACCACAUAUAUAUCAAGGAGUUUAUCUACCUGAUGACGAUGGAUCUAUUCUUACUCCGGAACAUGCCUUUGUACAGUAUCAAACCCGGUCUGAAGAUCAAGCUUGUCAAAUUUGUGGUCAGCCAGCUGUUGGAUUCCACCACCGUGCAUACGUUUGCGAAGCCUGCAAGAAAUUCUUCAUGCGGCAUACAGCUGCUAGAUUACGAAAUUCUGAAAUUGGUUCCACUAUAUCCGAGUCCAUCUGUCCAAUGGGUGGACGAUGUCGUGUUGAAGGCCCCGGUCGUGGCAAAUGCCCACAUUGUCGUUAUCGUAAAUGUUUAGAAUUGGGCAUGACUUUGACACCUCCCGGUGGUGAAGCUGGCUGUGAUAUAUCUCAAAUACCAUGUCGUGUAUGCAGUGGUCCAUCUUCUGGUUUUCAUUUUGGUGCAUUAACUUGUGAAGGUUGCAAAGGUUUCUUUCGACGUACUGUUUUAUCUAAUGUACGUUUAGAAUGUCUUGGCAAUAAUGAUUGUCCAAUUACACCGGCAAAUAGAAAUAUGUGUAAAAGUUGUCGAUUUCAACGUUGUCUAGCAGUUGGAAUGUCGAAAACCGGAAGUCGUAUUGGUCGACAACCGAAUGCAAUUAAAUAUUAUUGUGCUCGAGAAAUUUCUCAGCUAACAAAUUCCAAUGAUUGUGAAGCGGCACCGACAACAACAACAACACCAACUCCUACUACUUCUACUACUUCCAUGAAUCCAUGUACAAGUAGUUCCUUGAAAAUGCAUGAAUCGAAUCGACGUAAUUCGAUGAGUCAUAGUAGUAGUAGUAGUACUACUACUACUACUAGCAAUGGUACUACUACUAAUAAUAAUCCUAGUACUACUGUUACUACUACUUCUACGACUACCGCGAUCGGUAAACAUGAUGCUAAUAAUUACAACAACAACAACGGUAAUAGUAGUAGUAGUAAUAACAGUAAUCAUAGUAGUAGUACUAUUAGUAGUAGUAAUAAUAAUAGUAAUCACAAUAAAACAACUCCUAUGCAUCAACAUGAUUUAUUGUCUAUUGCUGAAGAACAUUGUAAAUCAAUACUAGGCGUGAACUCAACCAAUUAUUAUGCCUCAUCAAAUUGGCCUUCAUUCAAACGUAUGAUGAUGAUGUCCACUUUAGAUCAUGUGACUUCCAAUGCUAACACCACAACUGUCAGCAUUACCAGUAGCAAUGGUAUUCCGAUGAUGACGACAACAACAACUGCAGAAGCAACACAAACAGGAACAUCAACUGAAGUAUCUUUAAUCUCAUCAAGUAUUCCUUCAACAUCAACCUCCUCCUCCUCCUCCUCCACCACUCUUGUGAAUCCAUUGAUGGAACGUCUACACCAUCAUCAGACAAAUUAUAAUGAAUUACAGUUGAAUGAAGAUUUAGCAAAAAAUGAAUCGUUACUAUCCCUAUCACCAUCUUCAUCAACAUCACCUCCAUUGUUAGGAAUAAAAAAUCAUAUUAAAUAUAAUAAAAUGGAUGCACGUUCACAGCAUGUUCAUUCACAAUCACGUGCUUUUCAUCCUCAUGCGCCUCAUCAUCAACCUGUACAAUCAUCAUCUAUUUCUCAAAAUAAUAAUGAUGUUAUCCUGUUGUCUAAUUGUAAUGACUCUCAUUUACCUUCAUCUACUUCGAAUAAUAAUGAUUAUCUAUUUAUGAAUUCAUCAUCAAGACAUAUUACUAAACGACGUAAAACAUUAUCAUCUUGUGUAGAUGUUCAUGUAGACAAAUACACUGAUAACAACAGCAACAACAACAAUAGUACUGAUCACAAUCAUAUUACAACAUCAUCGUCAUCAAAAUUAUUACAUAAUCAUCAUUCAGUUUAUAUUCAUAAUAAUAAUAAUAAUCAUGGUUGUCAUCAUGAUCAUGAUCAUGAUGAUCGUGAUCACAAUGACCACCACGCUGAUGUUAUUAAUGAUGAUGAUGAUGAUAAUCAUCAUCAUAAUGAUGAUGUCGACAGUCGAUCAACAAAUGGACCGCCACCACCACCACCUCAUCAUCAUCAUCGUCAUCAUCAUCCACGUUACAAUCAUCGACAUCAACAGUCAUAUCAUCAUUCUAUUAGUGGAAAUCAUCACUUACACCAAUCACAAUCCCAUUGUCAUAAUAAUAAUAAUACAGAGUUGACCAGUACAAAUGAUGAGAAUAUUUACAAUAUGAUUGAUUCUGUCAAUGAUGAUUUAGACAUUAGUGAUAAUCAUAAUCAUAAUAAUAAUAGUAAUGUAAUCAGUAGUAGUAUUAGUAGUAGUAGUCGUCGGUAUGAGAAAUCUAUCGAUGAAGAAAAACUCCAUCACAUAUCAAUUGAUAAUUUCUCAUUGAAUCAUAAUAAUAAUAAUCAAUCAAGGCAUUUAUUAUUAAAUCAAUUGAAUUUGUCAAACAAUCAUCAUCAUCAUCAUCAUGAACGAAAUAACAGUAAUAAUAAUCAUAAUGGUGAUCAUCAUUCUUCCAAUGUUCUACUACAACAACCAUUACAAUUUAGAAAUUAUCCAUUGAUAAAUAAAUCACCCGUUGAAACUCGAUCAAAAGACUCUCCUCUAACAAUUGUGAAUCAUUUAAAUCAAUCAUAUUUACGACCAACACAAUUAAAUUUAACAACUAGUAAACAUUUAUCUGAUGAUGAAUCUUAUUCAUCAUCAUUGCCUUCUUCUUAUCUUUCAUUGACAACAGGAACACCUACUGCUACUAUUGCUUCAUGUCCACAAUCAUCAUCUGUGAUAUUAGAUUAUUCUGAAUUCAAUCAUCAAUUAUCAACUGAUGCUAGUGAUAAUACUACUAAUAAUAAUAAUAUUAGUAAUCAUAAUAAUCAUAGUAUUUCCAAUCAAAUAUUAUUACCAAAACAACGUUAUAUUAAAUCGAAUCGUAAUUUAUGCCAUGAACAAUUACAUAAUCAAUUAAUCAGUUCAAACAAUAAUAAUAGUAAUCCUACUCAUACCAAUCAGAAUGGCAAUCAAUCGUUAGGAUUUUUAAAUGGUCGAUGUAAUCUAGUAGAUUUAACUGGUUUAACAGAAAUCGAAUCGAUAUCAUCUACCAGUAAUAGUAGUAGUAGUAAUAAUAAUACUACUUCCACAUCUCCAACAAUGACAACCACUACAACACCAUGGUUUGCUGCUGCGGCAGCAGCUGUAGCUGUUGUUAUGGCAGCGUCUCAAUCGUCCUCCUCCUCGUCAUCAUUAUCACCGUCAAUGACUUCGAAUUUAUUGGAUUCAUAUACAGUGACAUCAAAUUUAAAUGAAUGUUUUGGAAUUAACAAUAAUAACAAUAUUAACAAUAAUCAUAGUUCAAGUAUGAUGAAUCAAGUCAAUAAUAAUAAUAAUAAUCGACGUGUUCCAAUGAAUACAAGUAAUUUUUCAAAGCAACGUUUCAAAUUAGAUCUACAUGAAACUGUCUUGGAUCAUCAUCAUCAUCAUCAACAUCAACUACUGCCUGAAAGAGCAUUUCUAUCAAAUUCACAUCAGUUGAAUGCAUAUAAUAAUGAUAAUAAUAAUUCCAUUGCUCCUAUUCCUACAAAUGAGCAUCAGAUUCAUGAGAAUCUAUUGAAAAUCAAUAAAAUCAGUGAAUUAUCCAAUGAGACAACAACAAUAAUACCUGCAGCAUCAGCAUCAGCUGUAGCCUCCUCCUCUUCAUCAUCAUCAGCUGCUGCAGCCACCUUCUCUGAUGUCACGCACCCGUCGACCAUAGCUGCAAUGCAAGCGGCAGCUGUUGCUGCUGCGGCGGCUGCUACAGCUGCUGGUCUAGUACUAUCCAAUAGUUGUGUACGUGGAUUAUCCGAUGAAAUUUAUCCCAAUUUAAAUCGUGUUCAUAUGUCCAAUGCAUUGACUGAAUUAUCGAAUAAUCAUCAUUGUUUUACAUCGAAUACACCAACACCAGCACCACUGUUCACAUCAACCACAUCCUCUUCGUCGUUGUCAUCAUCAUCAUCGUCACCACCUCAAAUCAUUAAUAAUUUUGGUAGAAUUAUUGAAAAUCUUUCCAUCUAUUCAUCCUCGUCAUCGUCGUCAUUAUUAUCAUUGACAACGUCUACAACAACACCUGUAACAACCAAUCCGUUGUCGUCGUCGUCGUUGUCAAUGAUGAAUCAUUAUUCUGUUCAUCAUUCCAUUGUAAAUAAUAAUAAUAAUAAUAGUACAGUACCAACAGUUAGUAGUGGACCAAUUAUAAAUAGUAAAGAAAUUAAUCCACGUUUAAGAAAUUCUACUAAACCGACUUCUAUCACAGUACAACAAUUUUCUGAACGUAUACAUAUUGCUGCCAAAUAUAUGAUGACUGAAAGAAAGAAUAUUCGAAAUAAUUUACCACAACCAUGUCGAUUAAUACAACCAACUGAUAGUGUUGAAGAUAUAUGGAGUCAAAUGAUGCGACAUUUUGAAACACAUUCACGUUUUAUUGUACAGUUUGUGAAAUACAUUCCAGGUUUUUGUUAUUUAAAAAUUAGUGAUCAACGUCAACUUGUUCGUAGUGCUAUGUAUCCAAUUAUGUUAUUGGAACUUAGCCGUGAUUAUAUGAAUGAAGAUAGAACACGAUAUAAUUAUUUUGAUUUUACUCCGGAAGAACACUCCAUUAUACUUAGUCAUUUUCCUACAUUUCAUAAAAUAUCUGGUCAUUUAAUACGUUCAGGUGAAUUUAUCAAUCGAUUACAUUUAGAUAAUAUUGAAUUAACUUUAAUUUGUGCCCAAGAAGUAUUUAAAGAUCGUGAAGGUUUAGAUGAUCCUGUUACACCGGCACAUUUAUUUAAUUUAGUUGGACAAGUUCUUACUGAACAUAUUAUUUCUGUUGGUUAUACAUUAGAAGAACGUUAUACAGCAUUGUCGCUGAUUUCACCAAUGUUAGAAGAAUUAAACAUUGAACAUCAUGAAGUAUUAGCACAAUUACGUCAAGAUCGACCAGAUUUAGAAUUUCCACAAUUAUAUCUUGAAAUGUUUCAAUUAACUGAUGAAGAACAACAACAACAAGAUUUACGAUUUGCUAAUUAUCAUAUUCAUAGCAAUAAUGGUCUUCAAAAUAAUAAUAAUAAUAAUAAUUUUGAUCAAUUUACUGAUAAUUAA